AUGUCUUCCCAAUUUUCUUGUUAUAAAAUCAAAUUUUAUCAAAUAAUUAUGAAUUUUAUCGAAAGUUCCCAACAAAUAAGCGUUGGUGUAUUGGCUCUCCAAGGUGCUUUUCAAGAACAUAUACAUAUGUUACAAUCAAUUCCAAAAGUUUCCUCCGUAUUACCUGUACGUACUGCAGAACAACUUGGUUCUAUUGAUGCCUUAAUAAUACCUGGCGGUGAAUCUACUACAAUAGCUUUGGUGGCCGAACAUUCAGGAAUUUGGGAGAAUCUAAAAGAAUUUGUUCGUCAGAAACCUACUUGGGGAACUUGUGCUGGUAUGAUCUUAUUAGCAAAUGAAGCUAAUAACACUAAAAAAGGUGGACAAAAACUUUUAGGUGGUUUAGAUAUUAAAGUUAAUAGAAAUCAUUUUGGAAGUCAGAUUGAUUCAUUUGAAUCUUUACUUCACAUAUCUCACAUUACUUCCUCACCCGAAGAUCCUUUUCCCGCAGUUUUUAUUCGAGCUCCAACAAUUUCAACCAUUAACUCUUUGGAUGUUGAAAUCUUGGCAAAACUUGAAAAUAAUGUGGAUGAAACAGAUGCUUCAACAGUUGUAGCUGUUAAGCAAGGUCAUCUUCUUGCUACCGCUUUUCACCCAGAAUUAACUAAUGAUAAUCGAAUACACAAAUAUUUUGUUGAACAGGCUAUAAAUUAUAUUGCUACAAGACAAAAUGGUAAAAAGGAAAUUUCCUUGGUGGAUGGUAACCAAAACAUUCAAAAGCCAACGUGA